AUGGACGAUGAAAAUGGUGCUGAAAAAGAUGAUGAAUCUCCAGUGCGCGAUGAAAAUUAUGUCAAAGGUCAGGGCGAAGGUCAGAAAGGGGCAUCUGGCCAGGUUGAUGUGAAGACUUCCAAUCAGGAGCCAGCACCGAGUUCUGGACGCAGUAAAUUCCAGCAGGACAUUGCCCAGGGUAUCCAGGCCAGUCUGAACAGGCCUGACUUACAGGAGCAGAAACCAAGACCAGAAGAGCCGGUUCAGCCACACCAGGACCAAGUUACCCCAUUAAAGGAACCCAAAGAGGAUGGUAGUAAAGGCGAUACUGAAGAUGUUUCUUCACCAUGCCCUGGCACCCCAGAGAGUCCUGAGACGGUGAAGAAAGCACCUGCUCCGGCCACAGCUCCUCAGAGGGUUAGCCUGGUGAGGCAGCCAAUGAUGGAUCAGAGACCAGAGAUGUUGAGGACAAAAAGCUUCCAGCUUCAGGAACAGUACUUGAAGCUACAACAGCUGCAGAGGGAACAUGCACUGAGACAGAAGGAUCACACCCCCACACCAUCCCCACCACAGUCUCAGCAGUCAGGUUAUUCCCAGCUGCCUCAGGCUGCCUUUGUGAGGCAGGGCUCUCUGCGUGGUCACUAUGAAUUGUCACCAGAGGGACAACCAACAAGACAGGCCCCGUACCAAGACAAGCCGGUGCAGAAUGGUGCAUUUGUUAGGACGGGGUCGCUUCGUGGGCCACACCCUCAGUACUCCAUGCCACACCCCCAGGGCAUGGUAGAGGCUGGGAAUUUCAACAGACAGGGAUCCUUUAAAGGUCAUCAGGAAAAUCCCUCUGGUUCUCGGGGUGUGCCACAGUUGCAUCCUCAACAGCAGCAACAAUACUCCGGGAAACAGGGUGUUACACCUCCACCUAACCCACAGCAGCAACCAGUAAUGCAUCAACAUCAGCAGCAAAGACAGCAUUCACAAAGUCAUGUGCCUGCUGAGAAGGGACAACAUUCCCAUGGACAUUCACAGCAUCACCAUCAACAACAUCAUCAACAGCAGCAUGUGCCACAGCAUCAUCACCAACAACAACAACAUCAUCAUCAUCAGAGUCAACAGCAGAAACCACAGCAGCAUUUCAACCAAGGCGCAGACAAGACACCAGCAUUGAAUGGAGAAGCCAAGUCUCAUGCAACACAAUCUCAGUCUCAGCUACCGCAUUCUCAGCCUCAGUCAACAGCAUCACAACCAAAGUCACAACCAGCUACACAAUCCACUUCUCACCUAACACAAUCAAAACCUCUGCCUUCAGCACAGUCACAACUGUCCAGACCUGAUCAGAAUAAAAGACCACCACAAGCUGCACCAGUGAGCUUUGGGCAUCAAACUACAGUGUGA